AUGAUAUCGGACAACAAGAAGUCACAUUUUUGCUGGAUAAAAAAUCUUAAUCGAUUAUUGGGCGACCAAAAGUCUUCUGAACAUAAGCAUUUUUACUGUCCAUACUGCUUGCAUGGAUUUACAAAAGAAAGAAUAUUAAACAACCACCUACCAUACUGCCAAACCUACGGACCACAGAAAAUCGAACUUCCAACUGAAGACAAUAAGUGGUUACAUUACAAAGAUAUUCGGAAACAGCCCAAGGUACCAUAUAUCAUAUAUGCAGAUUUUGAAUGUCUUCAAGAACCUAUUGUUGAUAGCAACAAAUGUGAUCAAAAGACGAAAAAAACUACAAAACAUAUACCAUGUGGCUUUGCAUACAAAGUGGUGGGUCUGACACCUGAAAUGUCAAAUGAACCAGUAGUAUAUCGGGGUGCAGAUGCUGCCGAUAAAUUUGUGGAGUGUAUGGUACAAGAACAAGAUAAUAUAGAACAGAAAUUUAAGCAUUGCGAACCCAUGAUAAUGACUGGGAGUGAUUGGCAAUCCUUUAAGAAGGCAAUCAUGUGUCACAUAUGUAAAAAAGAACUAGCGGACAGUAGAGUACGAGAUCAUUGUCACGUGACUGGAAAAUUUAGAGGGGCAGCUCAUAAUGACUGUAAUAUCAAUUAUAAGUUUACAGGUCGAAUUCCAGUUGUUGUUCACAAUCUUAGAGGAUAUGAUAGUCAUUUAAUUAUGCAAGCUAUUGGGAAAGUUGAAGGGGAAAAGCUGAAAUGUAUCGCUAAUAAUAUGGAAAAGUAUAUUUCUUUUUCAUUGGGAUGCAUGGACUUUAUAGACUCACUACAGUUUAUGUCUUCCACAUUACAAAAACUUGUGGAAAACCUGGCAAAAGAAGGUUCUAGUAAAUUUAGACACGUGACAAGCCACUUUGGAAAAGUACUGAUAAGUCUACUUCUGCGUAAACAAGUAUACCCAUACGAGUACUCUGAUUCCGAGGCAAAGUUUGUGGAAACUCAACUACCACCGAUUGAAGAUUUUUACAGUACAUUAUCGGGAGAAGGUAUAACCACACUGUACUAUGCACAUGCACAACACGUAUGGCAAUUGUUUAACAUGCAGAAUCUCGGACAGUAUCACGAUCUAUACGUACUAUCAGAUGUUCUUGCAUUAGCCGACGUCUUUGAAAAUUUCAGGGAGAUCUGCCUCAACUACUAUGGACUGGACGCUGCACAUUUUUAUACAUCAUCCGGUUUAGCCUGGCAAGCUGCCUUGAAAAUGACAGGUGUCAAGUUGGAAUUACUCACUGACAUAGACAUGCAUUUGUUUAUAGAGAAAGGAUUAAGAGGUGGAAUAUCAAUGAUAUCCCAUCGUUAUGCCAAAGCUAACAAUAAACCUGUACCAAGCUACGAUCCUAAUCAACCCAUUAAUCACGUGAUGUACCUAGAUGCCAAUAACCUAUACGGAUGGGCCAUGUCACCAGCGCUUCCGGUUGAAGGUUUCAGAUGGCUAAACGAUUCUGAAAUUGGGAACCUAAACAUAUGUGACAUUGCAGACGACAGUGAAAAUGGUUAUAUAUUAGAAGUUGACUUGGAAUAUCCAAGAGAGCUACACGACGACCACAACGAAUAUCCACUUGCUCCAGAAAAAUUGAAGGUCACAAAUGAUAUGUUAUCACCCUAUGCGAAAAAUCUAUUGGACGAUUUGAGCUUAAAAGGUACCUCAACAGAAAAAUUGAUACCAAAUUUACAUCCAAAGCAAAAAUACGUGGUACAUUACAGAAAUCUAAAACUCUACUUAUCACUUGGAAUGAAACUAACAAAGAUCCAUAAAGUCAUGACAUUUGAACAACGACCCUGGCUAAAGACGUAUAUUGAUUUCAACACAGAGAAGAGAAAGCUUGCAACAAAUGAGUUCGAAAGGGAUUUUUUCAAACUCAUUUAUAAUGAAGUUUUUGGAAAGACGAUGGAAAAUUUAAGGAAGAGAACAGACAUAAAACUUUUGAAUGACCAAUCAAAGGCCAGAAAAUUAAUCAGCAAACCAACAUUUCAUGCCUUCAAAAUAUUCAACGACAACUUGGUGGCUGUUCACAUGCUGAAACAACGAUUAUACUUAAACAGACCUAUCUACGUGGGAUUCACUCGAUUUGUCAAAGACACUAAUGUACGAUUUUCAAUAUAA